UUUCCUGCUUAACGUCAUUUCUAGUUAAGUGAUUGUGGAAAGGCGGUAGUCUGAAAAAUGUGGGAGUAUCGAUUAUAAGGCAUUUAUAGACACUAUCGAUUAAAACCUGUAAGGUGUAGUUUUGAAAAUUCUUAGCUGUCCAAAGUGAAUAGUUUGUCGGUUUCGAAGAUAUUCUGAGCGGAAGUCUGAGCACAGAGCAUCAUGUGCAAAUAGGGAGGAGUUGGAGCAUGGGAAGAGUUCAAGUCUUGCUGGUUGACGCCGGGCCAUGAUGAUUUAGAUCUGUCAUAAUGAAUGUCACAGACUUUUCUGCUUUAGUGCCUUCUGAAAAUAUGCUGUCUCCAGUGAUUCGCGAUGUAGAGGUCACCCGCAGUGCUCGCAGACAUACUUUAAGACAGAAAGGGCAUGCAUCGGCUAAUGAAACUUCAAGCAGUGUAACACCAGGAAAAGGUCGUCUUUCUCUGCGAUCGCUUCGUCAGCCAUUGACUCCUGUAACGGGAAGUGCUGGGGGCCUCUUUGAUUUUUCUGAAAUUAUGGGUACAUCUGGGAGAAGUCCACGAUUUGUUCAAACUCCAGGGCUAGGUGGAAGCUCUUCUGUGCAUCUGUAAAAUUAUUCCCUGAAUUUCUGAUGAUGUUUCUGAAGCUUUCUUCAACUUCCCUUUUUGACUUGGUGGAUGAGUAUGAGAAUGCGUGUCGAAACCAGGUGACUUUAUUAAAGAAAAUAGUAACACGUGCAACGCCUGGACAACAGAAAUUUUCUAAAACUGCCAGUGUACUGUGGUUGCUUCAGCAGGAGAUGGUCACGUGGAGGCUAAUUGCAUCUCUUUAUAGGGACAGGAUUCAAUCUGCUUUGGGAGAAGAAUCUAUGUUCGAAGUUGCUCCACCAAAUGCCACUGAGAAGAUAAUCAUGGAAAAACUGUUCCAGAGGGAUUCUACUGUUCGUCAAAGUCAGCUUGUGGUUGAUUGGUUGGAAGAUAUUGCCAAAGAUGACAUAGGCGACUUUGCGGAAAAGAUAGAGUUUUAUGCAAAAUCUGUGUACUGGGAUAACACGCUACAUACCUUGAAACAACGCAGAAUGAAUGCUUUCACAGGAUUUAGUCGACCACUGGUUUCUGAACUGGAUCCAGAUGCACCAAUUAGGCAAAAGAUGCCAUUAAUGGAUUUGGAUCGAGAGGAUGAUAACAGACUCCUGAAGUACCUGUUCACAUUAAUCAGAGCAGGGAUGACUGAUGAGGCACAGCGCUUGUGCAAACGAUGUGGCCAGGCUUGGAGAGCAGCUACUCUUGAAGGAUGGAAGUUGUACCAUGAUCCAAAUAUUAACGGAGGGUCAGAACUGAAGCCAGUGGAAGGUAACCCAAAUAGAUGCAUCUGGAAAGUCUGCUGCUGGAGAAUGGCCGAAGAUGAACAAUUUAACAGAUAUGAAAGAGCGAUCUAUGCAGCCCUGAGUGGAAAUUUGAAGCAGCUGCUUCCUGUCUGUGACACAUGGGAAGAUGCAGUCUGGUCUUAUUUCCGAGUUAUGGUAGAUACUCUUGUAGAGCAAGAAAUGUGGGCUUCAGGAGCAAGCAUGGGUGAACUGGAGAAACUCCCAAGAGAAUACUUGGAAGCAAACUGGACCUUCGAGAAGGUAUUUGAUGAACUGAAAGCAACUGACAGAAAGAGAAUAUUAGAAGAAAAUCAGGAGCAUUACCAUGUUGUUCAGAGAUGUAUUAUUCUGGGAGACAUUGAUGGGCUACUGGAUGAGUUCAGUGAAUGGCUAGCUAGGAGCCAAAGUCCACUACCUGCACAUCUUCUUCGUUUUAUGACUCAUGUUAUGUUAUUUUUCCAAAGUUUAGGUCUCCAAUCUAAGGAGGAUGUUACUAUAGAAGUUUUGAAGAAGUAUAUUCAGCUCUUGAUCUGUGAGAAUCAGUCCAGUUUAAUAGCAUUUUAUGUUAGCCACUUACCUCAGGACCUGGGUAUUCAUCAGUAUGCUGCAUUUUUGGAGGCUGUCACAGAAUUAGACGAACGGAAGCAUUGCUUGAAAAUGGCAAAAGAUGCAGGUUUAAAUGUUGCUGCAGUAACAAAGACAGUUGUGGAAAACAUUUGCAAGAGAGAUGUUGGAACAUUUACCCACCAUGACCUUUCACCAUCUUUAGACAGUGUCACUACAGAGGAAGAUCGCAUGAAGAUUGACGUGAUUGAUUGGUUGGUGUUUGACCCAACACAGAGGGCUGAAGCACUAAAGCAAAGCAAUGCCAUCAUGCGAAAGUUCUUAGCCUCAAAGAAGCAUGAAGCAGCAAAAGAAAUAUUUAAGAAGAUUCCACAGGACUCGAUUGCAGUGAUUUACAAACAGUGGGAGGAACAAGGAAUGGAUAGUUCACUUCCUGCUGAAGAUGACAAUGCUAUUAGGGAACAUCUUUGCAUCAGAGCCUACCUGGAUGCCCAUGAAUCUUUCAAUGAGUGGUUUAAGCAUAUGAAUUCCAAGCCACAAAAGCCUUCUUUACCUGCACAGGCUGGUUUCAAGGAGAAAGUAGCACAUGAGCAUAAGGAAAAGAAGUAUGAGGUGGAUUAUGACAUUUGGAAAGGUCAUCUAGAUGCACUGACAGCUGAAGUAAAAGAAAGAAUUUACAAUGUACUUCUUUUCAUUGAUGGAGGAUGGAUGGUUGAUGUCAGAGAGGAUUUGGAAGAAGAUGACCAUGAGCGUUCCCUUCAGAUGAUUUCUCUACGAAAGCUGUGCCUUCCAACGAUGUGCUUUCUUCUUCACACAGUACUACACAAUACUGAACAGUACCAAGAAUGCCUGAGACUGGCUGAUUUGAUUUCAUCAGAACAACAUUGCCUGUAUAAGGCAUUUUCUAAGGAAGAGCUGAGAAAAUUGUUGUGUAAACUUAGAGAAUCUUCCCUGUUACUUCUGGACCAGGACCUCGAUCCUCUGGGAUAUGAACUGCAAUCUUAAGCAUUUCAUGAAUGUUGCAUUCCUUUGCAAUAGGGGGUAUCUGGUGCUGUCAUGCACAGAUGCAGUUCUUCUGUCACUUUGCCAGGAAAGUUUAGAUUACAGCAGUCUAACAAUCCUUGUAUAUUUAUUUCUUCAGGGCUAUGUAGAUGAUUUGUCUGUAAUUUUUGCUUACAGGUUAUUUGCACUGUUUUUUGAUAAAAGGUAUGUAAUAAAUUGAAUAAUUCUGUUUUCAAAUGUCA